AUGUUCAAGUUACUCGGUUUGACGCUGCUCAUGGCAGUGGUGGUCCUGGGACGACCGGAGCCACCAGUCAACUCGUAUCUACCUCCCUCCGACAGCUACGGAGCCCCGGGUCAGAGUGGUCCGGGCGGCAGGCCGUCGGACUCGUACGGAGCUCCUGGCGGCGGCAAUGGCGGCAACGGUGGACGACCCUCGGACAGCUACGGAGCUCCAGGACUGCCAGGACAGGGACAGGGUCAGGGACAAGGUGGUUUCGGUGGCAAGCCCUCGGACUCCUAUGGCGCUCCUGGUGGCGGAAACGGAAAUGGCGGACGUCCUUCGAGUAGCUACGGCGCUCCUGGUGGUGGAAACGGAAACGGCGGUCGUCCCUCCGACACUUAUGGUGCUCCUGGUGGCGGAAACGGCAACGGCGGACGUCCUUCGAGCAGUUACGGUGCUCCUGGUGGCGGAAACGGUAAUGGUGGACGUCCCUCGGACACUUAUGGCGCUCCUGGUGGCAACGGAAACGGCGGUCGUCCUUCCAGUAGCUACGGCGCUCCUGGUGGCGGCAAUGGCGGUCGUCCUUCGGACACUUAUGGCGCUCCUGGUGGCGGAAACGGUAAUGGUGGUCGUCCCUCGGACUCCUAUGGCGCUCCUGGUGGCGGAAACGGCAAUGGAAACGGCGGUCGUCCUUCCAGUAGUUACGGCGCUCCUGGUCAAGGUCAAGGUGGUCUUGGCGGACGCCCUUCGGACUCUUACGGUGCUCCUGGUCAGGGCCAAAAGCCCUCAGAUUCCUAUGGCGCCCCUGGUAAUGGCAACGGCAACGGCGGACGUCCUUCGAGCAGCUAUGGAGCACCAGGAUCAGGUCCUGGCGGUCGACCCUCCGACUCCUACGGACCCCCAGCCUCGGGAUCUGGAGGCGCUGGUGGCGCCGGAGGCAGUGGACCCGGCGGCUCUGACUACGAAAACGAUGAGCCCGCCAAGUACGAAUUUAAUUACCAGGUCGAGGACGCGCCCAGCGGUCUCUCGUUCGGGCACUCAGAGAUGCGCGACGGUGACUUCACCACCGGCCAGUACAAUGUCCUCUUGCCCGACGGAAGGAAGCAAAUCGUGGAGUACGAGGCCGAUCAGCAGGGCUACAGGCCGCAGAUCCGCUACGAGGGCGAUGCCAACGAUGGCAGUGGUGCCAGCGGUCCUGGCGGCCAGAAUCUGGGUCCCGAUGGCUACUCCGGCGGACGUCCAGGUGGUCAGGAUCUAGGCGCAGGUGGCUACUCCAAUGGCAGGCCGGGCGGUAAUGGAGGCAAUGGCAACGGUAAUGGCGGCUACUCCGGCGGACGUCCUGGUGGUCAGGAUCUGGGUCGCGAUGGCUACUCUGGUGGUCGCCCAGGUGGUCAGGACUUGGGACCCAACGGUUACUCCGGUGGUCGCCCAGGAGGUCAGGACUUGGGUCGCGAUGGUUACUCCGGUGGUCGCCCAGGAGGUCAGGACUUGGGUCGCGACGGUUACUCCGGUGGACGUCCAGGUGGCCAGGACCUAGGCGCAGGUGGCUACUCCAAUGGCAGGCCGGGCGGUAAUGGCAAUGGCAACGGCAACGGAGGUGGUGGACCCGAUGGCGGUCGUGUGAUCAUCGGUGGACGUGUGAUCGGCGGACAGGAUGGCCAGGGUGACCAGGGCUACUCCGGCGGACGUCCUGGCGGACAGGAUCUGGGCCGUGAUGGCUACUCCAGCGGUCGUCCGGGCGGUCGGCCAGGCGGUCCCAAUGGACAGGAUAACCAGGAUGGCCAGGGAUACUCGAGCGGCAGGCCGGGUCAGGGCGGCAGGAAUGGCUUUGGACCCGGUGGACAGAACGGCGACAACGAUGGCAGCGGUUACCGGUACUAG